UCCUCCGAUCCGACAGACACGAACGUGUCGACUUAGUUAUUAAAAAAAGUUUCAUUUUAUAAAUAUUUACAAAAUAUCCAUCCAAACUUAUACUUUAUCACACACAUCGUGUAAAGUGAAAUCUGUGACUGAAACGAAAACUUUUCAAGCGUGUCUGGGACUGGGUUGAAAAUACGAAUCUCGAAUCGGCAACUAACGAGCAGCCAUUUGACUUUCGAGUUUCGGGUACGAAUUCGUGUAUCAAUCGAAUGUGAUGUUAAUUCCAGAUUUUCACUCACGGAAACGGCUUACGUAGACGACUAGCGGUAAAACGCCGCCCGCGCCGCACGCGAGUUAAGUAACCGUCAGGUUUCUAAAGUGCUUUCGGAGUCGUGAAUUUUCGUUUGUUCGGGACUCGAAACUAUCCCGUUAGUGACAUUAGUAUGCGAGUGAGCUGUUAACUCGUCUUGUAGUUGAACGGUGUGGUUGAGAGUGCAGUGAGACAGUACAUGGCGCUAUGAUUAGCGGAGGUUGGGUAUGCGCGUUGCAUGUCCGGACCGCGGGUCUCGGGGGCGCCGCGCUCGGCUCCGACGAGGAAGAGAUCGUGUACCUCGCCUAUGUCGUCAUAGACGUCCUUACUAACCAGGUGAUAGGGGAACGCGAAUACGCAGUGCGACCGACGAGGCGACCAUCAGAGGAGUUACAAACCGGUCAGCCAUUGGACAUUGUGGUACAACAAUUCGACGAGUUCGUGCGUUCGCUACAAGUGGACCCUCACUCCCCCCUCUUCAGGCUCGUCACAGACGGACAGCCGCCGCUCAGACAAUGUCUCCACCCAGAAGCAUGCAGCAAGGAACUGACUCUACCUACGUACUACGCCCGUUUCCACGACUUACGCAAGGAGUACGUGCGCGCGUACACCCUGCGAGCGGUGACGCGUGCACAACCCGCCCCACCACCGCCCGACCAUCCGGGAUCUAUCGUCGACAUGGUUAACUAUUUAGGUAUAACACCGUACACUGGUGAGAAUUUUUACGCGGCUGAAGUUAAAGACAUGGCUAGUAUUAUACAGAGGAUAAUCGCCGAUGGUUUCAGAUUAGAACUGCCUGAGACGAUUGACCUUGUUUUGGAAACUGGAAUUUGCUCAAAAGACGAUGAAAUUGAUGGGAACUGCAUAGUACGAGCUAGAGGCCUUCCUUGGCAAUCGUCAGACCAAGAUAUCGCCAAAUUCUUCCGAGGACUCAAUGUGGCCAAGGGUGGAGUAGCUCUGUGUCUAUCGCCUCAGGGUCGGCGCAACGGUGAAGCGCUCGUGCGCUUCGUGUCGCAAGAACACAGGGACAUGGCGCUUAAACGGCAUAAGCACCACAUCGGGCCGCGGUACAUCGAGGUGUACCGUGCGAGUGGCGAGGACUUCUUGUCGGUGGCUGGUGGUGCCACUUGCGAGGCGGCUGCAUUCCUGUCACGAGGGGCGCAAGUCAUUGUGCGCAUGCGCGGCCUGCCGUACGAUGCGACUCCGCAGCAAGUUCUUGAAUUCUUCUCAACUGGAGACGAUCCAGUACAAGUGCUCGAUGGUGCCGAGGGUGUGUUGUUCGUGAGGCGAGCGGACGGCAGAGCGACGGGCGACGCUUUCGUCCUUUUCGCUAAAGAGGAUGACUCGCCGAAGGCUCUCUCGAGACAUCGCAAGCUGAUAGGAGCAAGAUAUAUAGAGCUUUUCCGGUCUACCACCGCUGAGGUCCAACAGGUUCUUAAUCGAUCAUUGGAAACCCGGACCAGCCAGGCCAGCACGCCGUCCACGGCGAGCGCGCCCGCGGAGGGGCUGCUGCCUGUGGCGCUGGUGCCUCAACACGUCAUCACUUCCGGUACCGCCAAGGACUGCGUGCGGCUGAGAGGACUGCCUUACGAAGCCCAAGUUGAACAUAUACUAACAUUCUUGGACGAGUUCGCGAAGAACAUUGUGAUGCAAGGCGUCCACAUGGUGUACAAUUCACAAGGCCAUCCGAGUGGUGAAGCUUUUAUCCAAAUGGAUAGCGAAGCCAGCGCCUUCCUCUGUGCGCAGCAAAAACACCACCGGUACAUGACCUUCGGCAAGAAGCAGCGGUACAUCGAGGUGUUCCAGUGCUCCGGCGACGAUAUGAACCUGGUGCUGACCGGCGGCGUCACCCCCGCCACCUCCCCCAAGGUGCUAUCCCCCGGUCCUGUGACGUACUAUUACCCGGCGAUGGGACCAACGUUACCGCCACCACUCGUCUACUGGGGCUACCCGACGCCGCCAGUGUCGCCGGCUCACUAUUACCAUCCACCACAUCAUCCCCAAACUAUGAUACCGGAAGUAGUUUCAGUAGGCGGAGGAUCGCCGCUACCCAUUCCCCCCCCGGCCGCUUGCCCCGAAUGGCCUAUUUUCAUGGUCAAUUAGGUGAUAUAUUAAGAUCGUCGAAUUUUCCUAAUUCUUCGUUAUCUUUCAAAAUUAUGUCAUAAAAAUUGUGUGACAAUAUCGCUCAAAUUUAGUUUAUAACAGCUUAGUUAUAUGCCAAUAGAAAUAAUAGAAUAUAUUUCUAAAAUUGUAGAAGCGAUAAGCUCCACGCAAUACCGUAGUUUUCCUUACAAACCAAAGUGUUACAAAUUGCUUGUAUAAUUAAAUUACGUCACAUAUAUAGACAACGCAAAUAUAUUUCAAUAUUGAAUCUUCGUACAAAGGAUAUUUAACAAUUUCACAAUAUAACUAAAUUAGUAAAUUUAUUUAUUAAACUGUUUGACUUUUUUCUAUUUAUUAUUUAAAAACUUAUUUAUCGGAAACUUAAGUUUAUAUUUUAUCAUAACUUCUGUCUAUUAUAAUCUGUGGUCUAUUUUUUUUUCUAAUUGUGAUCUUUUUUGUGGACAUCUAAGGCACAAAAAAGAAUUAUAUAAAUUUUCAUUUCUUCACAAUAAAUAAAUAAACAAUGUUUAUAGAUAACGUAAAUUAUAUAUUAGCAAUAACAAAGCACAGCUUGCCAACGAAUUCAUGAAUAAUUGAUAUUAUAUCAGUCAAAGAACGGCUCAAAUAUCGUGAUAUUAUGAUAUAUCUCACUUAGCAAAAGUAUAUUAUUAUGUUACUCGUAUCCAAUGAGUAUUUCGUUUUAAGAUAUAAAGUUUUAAUGUUACAAAAUAAUUAUAUCGCCGUAUAUUUAUAAUGUUCAUUUUAAAUAUUUUAUUUAUUGUUGAUCAUUUGGAUAAUAAGGACGGAUUCUAUUAAAUGAAUUAAAAAUAAUAUAUUCUUAGUUUAAACUUUUUUUUUUAUAGAAUAGGAAGGCGGACGAGCAUAUGGGCCACCUGAUGGUAAGUGGUCACCAAACGCCCUUAGACAUUUACAUUGUAAGAAAUGUCAACCAUCGCUUACAUAGCCAAUGCGCCACCAACCUUGGGAACUAAGAUUUAAUGUCCCUUGUGCCUGUAAUUACACUGGCUCACUCACCCUUCAAACCGGAACACAAAAAUAUCAAGUAUUGCUGUUUUGCGGUAGAAUAUCUGAUGAGUUUAAUAUAAAAUAGGUUCCUCGUUAUGUAUACCUAUUAUUCGCAUAUUAUAUUUCUAUUUAAAUCAUUAGACGUCUGGCGCCAACUAAAUUAAAACUAUAAAAAAACCUAUCAAAUUAUUUUCAGUAGUUAAAUUAUUAUAAUUGUUAGUUAGUUAGUUAUCAUUAGAACGUUUCUCGAAAAACAGUGAUAUUACGGUGCUGAUUCACGUUUUAGCAAAAACCAAAUAUCUUGUAAUCAUUUAUAAAUUUAGUGUAAGGUAACGCUCAAUUAGACUAGAAAAUAGAAAUAAAAUUAAGACAAACCAGAACUCUAUAUUAUGCCAUAAUAAUAACUUCACUAAAUCUAACCAUUUAUAACUUUUUUUUUUAAUUCGAUUUUUAAAAUCAUUUGAGGUUAUGAAAUAAAGGUUUUCGUCGAAAUAAAUAAAUUAAACAUACACAAAUAAUUUAACAGUGAUAAUUUUAUAAUAUAAUUUUUUUUCGUCAUUUCAAAUCGCCGUUUCAUAUUUUACUAGGUUUUUUUUUUAUACAAAUCAAAUAUUUAUUUAAAAUACAUAUUUAUGAUAAUAUUCAUAAUGCUACUUGCAUAUUGUUGUUAAUUUUAAUAUUUUAUUGAAUUGUCUAAAAGGAAUGGAAAGAUUUAAAAAAUUUAUUAAAUUUAAAUUCUAAAUUAUCGAGUCACUUAAAUAUAUGUAUAAUUUAGUUCUGAAAUCGGUUUAAUAUAAAUUUUACUUCAAACAGUCACAAAAUGAUCAUUAAUCUCAUUAAUUUAAACAAAAUAGUGUAAUAUAGUGGAAUAUUUGAUGCCCUACAGCUGUAACAGGAUAAAUACUUAGUUGUUACUUUUAGUUCAAGAAUCAGCGUAAUACUUAUGUUAGAUAAAUAACGUAUAAAACAACAAAAUCAAAAGUCUUCCGAUAGUUUUAUCAGAACGUAUCUUUAAUUCGUCACUUGUGAUAAGAUGAAUUAGUAUAAUACUAUUAAUAUUAAAAUAAAUUAAUUAGAAUAUUAUUAAUAUAGAAAAGCAAAAAAAAAAAUGGAUAUGUAUUUUUUUUAAAUAAUGCCUCGAAAUUGAAUUGGACAAUUGAAUUAUAAUCGUAAUUGCGAAGGAAAGAAAACGUUAUUUUGACUAAAAAAAUUUAGUAAAUAAAUAAAUGUUUCGAUUCGUUUCCGUUUCAACAAAGAUUUUUUUAAUGGUAUUUAGUUCGUAAAAUAUUAAGCAAUAAAUUUAAUGCCCAUAUACCCUCAAAUCAAACUGUCAUAUGAAGCGUUGGAGUCAUAUUAAGAUGACAUACAUAUGUAUGCAUCAAAUUGUCUAUGGGAUGUCUUGCUAUAAACAAAACCUCUUCAAUGCCACUUUGAUUAGAGUACUAAGCAUGAUGGUCAGUUUUAGAAUAAUUAUUAAUUUUCAUAAAUAACUAGGUUCUAUUUCCUAAGUACACAAAUAACAUCACAUAAUUAUUACCUAAAUAAUAAAUAUUAGGAAAAUAUAAAGAAACCUAGUGAUUUUAUCCAUGACUUCGAAGCAAUCAUGACUAUAUUAAUAUAAGUAUUCUGUUAUUAAAAAACAAAAUAAUAAAAUAUUUUUAAUGAAUAAUUAUCGUUAAAUCUUUGUUAUUAUAUGAUAUUAAAAAAAAAAAAAACAAAAAAAUAACUAUCGUUUUAACUUUAAGUGUAUUUAAAUUUUAUAUAUAUAUAUAUAAUAAUCAGGAAUAGAAUCUGAUUAUUAAUAUUUACCUAAUAAAAAAAAAGUAUGUAAUUUUUUUUUAUUUUUAUAUUGUAAAGAUGUAUUUAUAUUGUUAUCUGUAUAUCGAAAUCACAGGUAAAUAAUGUCCAGUGAUACAAUAUUAUUUUUUGUUAAGUGAUUUUAUUAGCAAAAUAUAUAAAAUUGUUACCUAUGAUGUAUGUAUAUGUAUUCUUUUAUAUAAGCAUUGUUGAACAUAUUGACGGAAAUAUAUAUUAUAGUGUAAAUGUCGUAUCACACUCAAAAGAAUCAAUUUAAAAAAAAUACCACGUAUUAUAAAAAAAAGCAACGUUUUUGGUUGUGCUGUGCGGUUAUUUCGCUAAUGUCACGUAGGAAAUUUUAAUUUUUAGUCGCUAUAUAUGAUUGAUAUAAAUUGAGUGUGGUAGAGACCUCGACUUAUCGUUAGAAUAGUCAGAAUAGAUGUGCAAUGUUUAGAAUUAGAUUUGAUCUUAAAUACCAAAACAGUUUUGGUUUAUUAUCAUACAAAGUAGUGAAUUGUUUUAAUAAAUUAAUUAAUUAUA